GGCGUGUGUCGGUUCCUCUCGCCAGCUGCGGCCAGAGGUUCCGCGCGCAGCCGAGCCCCGGCCGCAGCUGCAGCGGACGGACCGCGCCGAACCGGGCCGAGCCACAGCGGACCGGGCCACGCCGGCGGCCGGCAGCCCGCGCACAGCAUGGCCGAGCCGCCGGCGGCUCCGGGCCCCGAGGGCGAGGAGGGCCCGGUGCGCUUCGCCCGUAAGGGCGCCCUGCGGCAGAAGAACGUGCACGAGGUGAAGAACCACAAGUUCACGGCGCGGUUCUUCAAGCAGCCCACCUUCUGCAGCCACUGCACCGACUUCAUCUGGGGCUUCGGCAAGCAGGGCUUCCAGUGUCAAGUUUGCUGCUUCGUCGUGCACAAGCGGUGCCAUGAGUUCGUCACCUUCUCCUGCCCCGGCGCUGACAAGGGCCCUGCCUCGGAUGAUCCCCGGAGCAAACACAAAUUUAAAAUCCACACGUACUCCAGCCCCACCUUCUGUGACCACUGCGGGUCGUUGCUGUAUGGGCUCAUUCACCAGGGGAUGAAGUGUGACACCUGUAUGAUGAAUGUGCACAAGCGCUGCGUGAUGAACGUCCCCAGCCUGUGCGGGACGGACCACACCGAGCGCCGGGGACGGAUAUACAUCCGGGCAGACAUCGAGAAGGAUGUGCUCACCGUUGUAGUAAGAGAUGCUAAAAACCUAGUUCCUAUGGAUCCUAACGGCUUGUCAGAUCCCUACGUGAAGCUUAAACUAAUCCCUGACCCCAAAAAUGAAAGCAAACAGAAGACCAAAACUAUCAAGUGCUCCCUGAAUCCUGAAUGGAAUGAGACAUUUAAAUUCCAGCUGAAGGAGACGGACAAGGACAGGCGGUUGUCUGUGGAGAUCUGGGACUGGGACCUGACCAGCAGGAAUGAUUUCAUGGGCUCCUUGUCCUUCGGGAUCUCUGAGCUGCAGAAGAUGGGAGUUGAUGGAUGGUUUAAGCUGCUGAGCCAGGAGGAGGGAGAGUAUUUCAACGUCCCGGUGCCUCCUGAGGGAGAAGAAGGAAACGAGGAACUGAGGCAGAAAUUUGAGAGAGCCAAGAUUGGAGCAGGGUCCAAGGCUGCGGAUGAGAAGACGACAAAUGCCAUUUCUAAAUUCGACAACAACGGGAGCAGAGAUCGGAUGAAACUUUCAGAUUUCAAUUUCCUGAUGGUGCUGGGAAAAGGAAGCUUUGGGAAGGUGAUGCUGGCGGAGAGGAAGGGCACAGAUGAGCUCUACGCCGUUAAGAUCUUGAAGAAGGACGUCGUUAUCCAGGACGAUGACGUAGAGUGCACGAUGGUGGAAAAACGUGUGCUGGCUCUCUCUGGGAAGCCACCGUUCCUGACCCAGCUCCACUCCUGCUUCCAGACCAUGGAUCGCUUGUAUUUUGUGAUGGAAUAUGUGAAUGGUGGGGACUUAAUGUACCAGAUCCAGCAAGUUGGGAGGUUUAAAGAGCCGCAUGCUGUAUUCUAUGCAGCAGAAAUAGCCAUCGGCCUCUUCUUCCUGCAGAGCAAAGGCAUCAUUUAUCGAGACCUAAAGCUGGACAAUGUGAUGCUGGACAGCGAGGGGCACAUAAAGAUCGCAGACUUUGGCAUGUGCAAGGAGAACAUCUGGGAUGGGGUGACCACCAAGACCUUCUGCGGCACCCCGGACUACAUCGCCCCCGAGAUAAUUGCUUAUCAGCCCUACGGGAAGUCUGUGGAUUGGUGGGCGUUUGGAGUCCUGCUCUAUGAAAUGUUAGCUGGACAGGCUCCCUUUGAGGGAGAAGACGAAGACGAGCUGUUCCAGUCCAUCAUGGAGCACAACGUAGCCUACCCCAAGUCCAUGUCCAAGGAGGCUGUGGCAAUCUGCAAAGGGCUGAUGACCAAGCACCCUGCCAAGCGCCUGGGCUGUGGCCCUGAGGGGGAGCGGGACAUCAAGGAGCACGCAUUCUUCCGCUACAUCGACUGGGACAAGCUGGAGCGCAAGGAGAUCCAGCCCCCCUUCAAGCCCAAGGCUAAAGACAAACGAGACACUUCCAACUUCGACAAAGAGUUCACCCGGCAGCCGGUGGAGCUCACGCCCACGGACAAACUCUUCAUCAUGAACUUGGACCAGAAUGAGUUUGCUGGAUUCUCCUACACUAACCCCGAGUUUGUCAUUAACGUGUAGUGGCAGCGCGGGCCGCCCGUCCUCUCAGCCCUUCUCCAGCUCGCCGUGUACAUACACACCAGUCUUCCGGGGCCCGCCAUGCAGACACACACCCUCACGCAAUCCGCGCCGACCGCUCGUUUUAGGAGGCCUUUCCAUGUCUGUGUCACUCGCUAGCUUGGUUUCCCUAGCUGGAGAUGUCUGGGGUUCGAGUUAACAGUAAUACUUCUAGGAACUAUAGUUGGUGGUGACUAAUAGAGUUUUUAAACAAAUAUACCAAAUUGCUACAGUCUUUGUAAUUUUUGAAAUGAGAUGCUGAGAUUCCAGUGACCCUAGCUACUCACAAACCGUUUCUGUUGAAUGCUACGCAUGGUUGAUAUUUUAAACCGUUGUGCUGAAGCUUGCGAUGACUGUGAGCUUGUCUUAGAGGAGCCUUUUGUUCAAGACAUGGGUACAUUUGAUCAGUGUGGAGAAGUCUGCUUAUAGACAUAUAUUUUUAAUGCAUUGUACAUAUGGUCAGCCCGGCUCGCUGAGCCGCCUCCUCCCGCCAGCCCGUGCCCCCCGCUCGUCCUCUCCCACACUCAGCAUUACGACUCCAAACUAAUUCCAUGCCAGUUCUUGUAAAUCAGAGCAAAUCUUUUUCUAAGCGAAAGAUGGGAUUUGAUGUUUUUUUUAACAUCUGGAACAGUUUGCAGUUUUGGUACACUCUGUCAGCGCUCUCAUAAAUCUUUCUCCUGUUUUUUCACAGACACUGUCAAAAUUUAACAGCUCUGUAAAGGAUAUUAAUAUUCUACCAAAACAAAACACAUAGAUAUUCUCAGUUUACAAUUUACCAACUGAAAAUAUGCCCGCUGCAAAAGGGCUGUACUGAGGGCUAUUUAUAAUGGUAACUUUUCUACUUUACACCCUCUGCUAUUAUCUUAAAGGCUCAAAACCCAUGAAUUUUACAGGCAGCUUGAUCUACCUGAUUUCAGCCAAAAUUCCUGGGGGGUUUAUUCAGCAAUCCAGGACCUUCUGCAUCAUUUCAAAAACUCUGAAUCGGAAGAGACAAUUCCAGCAGCUGUUUGUAAGGCUGAGCAGCAGCAGUGCCGUGCGGGAGGGCAGGGCAGGCAAUGGGAUGAGCCCUGAGCAUGAGCAUCCCCUGAGUCGCUGGCUGUUACCCCUCUCUUAUCACACACCAGUUUAGUUGGUUUGCAAAAAAGCCCAUAACAUUAGUACAUUUUCUGAAACGCUACCAGUUCUAAUGUAAAUACACAUUCCGCCAUGCCUAUGGGGGAAAUGGGGGUGGAAUUUUAUGAAUCAUGAGGAAUCCUAUAAAGGAAAUUCUGGUUUGUAGACCUUUUAUAGAUAUCAAACUCUACCUUUUGAAAUUGUUUUAUUCUUUUAAUGAUCCAGUGAGGAAAAAAGGCUGCUAAAAGCUGCAGCUGAUGUCCCCUCCCCGUUCCCAACCGCAGGCAGUGCCCUGUGCACAGGGCUGUGAGCUGAGCCUGUGCUCUGGGGUGACGCCCUCGGGUGGACAAAACAAAACCAAACCCCAGAAAACUGCAAAUUGUGCCAGAUUGCCAAGAGGGUUUAUGAGAUGCUCUGCAUCAGCUGGAGCCUGGAGCGUGGGCUGGUGUCCGAGGGCUCUCAUGACCCCAGCACGCGGUGGGAAGACGUCUCGCCGUCCUCUGCAGCCGCAGCUGGUGCUCAGAGCAUGCGCGUUCCGUGUCUCCCCAACCUGCUGCUGCAGAAUUAGCGUUAAUUCAGCAGUGAAUGUUUGUAAUUUUCAUAUCUCGGCUCUGAAGCCGCUCCCCAGGGCUGUCCCGGGCACUGUUGGGAGGUCACCCAUGCCGAGGGGCCCCCAGGGCUGUGGAGACAUGCAGGGGCUGCUGGGGGGAGUCACGUCUUUUCCAUUUGGGACUUGUGUGUGUGUUGGGUGACACUUGUGCAUGGAGCAGGUGGUGCUGAGCCAUGGGGAGCCAGGCCAGCCCGUGGCUGGUGGCACCAGGCAGCUCCGGUGGCAUCCGUGAGGUGGGCAGGGUGCAGAUCCGUGCUCCAAGGAGAGCUUAGCAAAGUCUGGGUCCUGCUUGCAGAACUUAAACCUUGAGCGUUUCUGACGUUGUCCAUUCUGCUACUUGCAAAACUCUUAUUUCAAGGUUUAUUUCCAGUUGACCUGUUUCUUCCGUGGGGAAAUGUAAAACGGGACAUGCCUGGCCCUGCACAGAUGUUGUGAUUUGAAUGAACUCUUCCAAGGAAGGGCAGGGUGACAGUGGUUGACUCACGGUUUGCUGUAAUUUGAUGACUUAAUCUUCGCACUAGGGUGGGGAAGUGCAGUGCUUCAGGAGGAUGCUGAGAGGUUCCAGGAGAGCCCCAUUAGUCAGUCCCGGGUGCUCUGAUGUGUGGAUAAAGCCCAGUAAAAUGAUCCAAGGGUGUUCCCAGCACGCAGUGCACCCACUGCUGUGCCCAGGGGACAGUGUGAGGAGCAGCUGUUGAGACAGGAGAAAGGUACCUGGGGGACAGGAGGCAGCUCAGCCUGCAGCUACAGAGGAGAGAAGCAUCCCUUGGGGUGUGUGGGGUGCUCGCUGGGGCCUGGGGGGUUUAGCUGCCCCACGCUGGUGUCCACAAUGAGUAGCCUGGCUGUGGGGGGCAGUGCUGAGGUCAGGAUGGGACCCCAAGCCCUGCACCUGCCCAGGUGAGGCAGGAGGAGGGACUGAGGAGAAGGCAGGACAUGCAGUCACCCACCCACCAAGGAUGGCAAAUCCCGACUCUCUCCCAGGCUGGAUUACACCUGAGUGCUGCAGGUAAGUGGGAUUCAGGCUCCUCAGGUGGUGUUGCCAUGUGCAGGAUGGAUCAGACACGUCUCCAGGGGCUGUGGUGGCCCCUUUGCUGCUGGAGAUCUUGGAUGGAACCGGAACAGGAGAGGAGAGCAGGGGCUGAGCAGGGACCUGUGGGACAGCAGGCCAGAGCUGGGCUGGCUGUUUAGGCUCAGCCUGGGGAGUUGCCUGGUCCUGUGAUCUGCAGGGCUAUGCUGUGAGCUAGGGGUGGUGGGCAGGUGGGAAACACUGGGAACCCCCAUCUGCUCCCGCUCUGCUGUCCUGCAGCUGCAGGUGACUCUUUGGGAUGCAGCCAUCACACAGUGUCUGUGCCAGGACUGUCACUGCUGCUGCACAGCACAAACCACUGUCCCCAGCCACCACAGGCCAGGGGACAGCCCCAUGGCAAGGGGGACUUGCUGCUGCAGCGCUCAUGUCCCUCAGCUGGACAUCUGAGCAGCCUUCUCUUGACAAGAGAGCCAUCACCAAAGGAGUUAUUCAUCCUUUUAAUGAAUAAACGCAAGUCUGCACAGUGGCCAACCCACAUAGGUAGUCUGAAAGAUGGGAAAACAAGCAAGGGCUCUGGGCAGCAGCUGGGCUCUGAUGGUUGUUCACCCCAGGAGUUCUAAUACAAAUGAAGAACUGUGGUGGAUUCUAGUGCAGAGUGCAAGGAUGCAGCUGUUCAGGUGGGGCUUACAGCUGGAGGGUGGAACUAACUCAUACUAACAAGUGCUGCAGCUUCUCUGCCUUUGCAGACGCAGGUGAGCCACUGAGCCUGCAACAGCACAAGAAGCAACAGGCAUCUUGCUCCAUGCAUGGAAGUGUCAUCCAAGCUGUUUAUUUCUGAUCACCUUCAAAGUUGCAUUAAAACAAGAAAAAAAAAAAAAAAAGUUUAUUGUUGAACAGUUUGUGUUUGUGAAUUUGAUUUCACCUGCAAGUAUUUGAUGACUUUUCUACAUCCUAGACUACCUGCUGUGUGUUGUCAAAGGAUUCUCAUAAAGACCUCCUUUUAGAUGGGCAUAUACUCUUUAUUCUAUUUGCUGCAUGUAUGAAAAAAUAAAAUCUAUAAUUUUAAAGAAAA